GGUGGUGGAGCUCUUAGGCCCGCCCACUUGUUUACUUCGUGGCGAGAGCGGUAACACUGCGCCUGCGCACUCUCACUGGCUGGCUCCACCUUUGGCGUCUGCGGCAUGUGACUCCAACGCUAAAUUCAGCCACCCCAUCCUGAAAGGUGGCUUCACCCACUCCUGCUUUAGGACGGGUAGAGUCGCUACCACUGUCCGGCCUUGCGGGGGGAGAGUGUCAUUUCCGGAUGUGACGAGACGGUGACCCGGAAAAGGAGGAGGCCGGGCUAGAGGGGCCUGAGGCGGCGGCUAUGGACGGGGCCAGCUACAGGGUGGUGUUUGAGAAGGGAGGAGUGUACCUGCACACCAGUGCCAAGAAGUAUCAGGACCCGGACUCCCUCAUCGCUGGCGUCAUCCGUGUGGUGGAGAAGGACAGUGACGUCCUCCUGCACUGGGCUCCUGUAGAGGAGGCUGGAGAUUCCACCCAAAUCCUCUUCUCCAAGAAGGACUCCAGUGGGGGUGACUCCUGCCCCUCCGAGGAAGAACCGACCUUUGACCCAGGCUAUGAACCCGACUGGGCUGUCAUCAGCACUGUGCGGCCACAGCCCCGCCAUGCAGAGCCCACAAGAGGUGCAGAGCCCAGCUCCCCCCGGGGCUCUUGGGCUUUCUCGGUGAGUCUGGGCGAACUCAAGUCCAUCCGCCGCUCCAAGCCAGGCCUCAGCUGGGCCUACCUGGUCCUGGUGACCCAGGCUGGAGGCUCACUGCCCGCGCUGCACUUUCACCGUGGGGGCACCCGCGCCCUGCUCCGCGUCCUCAGCCGAUACCUGCUGUUGGCCAGCUCCCCACAGGACUCCCGCCUCUACCUUGUCUUCCCCCACGACUCUUCUGCCCUCUCCAACUCCUUCCACCACCUGCAGCUCUUUGACCAGGACAGCUCGAAUGUGGUGUCCCGCUUCCUCCAGGACCCCUACUCCACCACCUUCAGCAGCUUUUCCCGAGUGACCAACUUCUUCCGGGGUGCCCUGCAGCCACACCCUGAGGGGGCUGCCCCUGACCUUCCCCCCCCACCUGACGAUGAGCCUGAGCCUGGAUUCGAGGUCAUUUCCUGUGUGGAGCUGGGGCCCCGGCCGGCCGUGGAGCGGGCCCCUCCGGUCACAGAGGUGGAGUGGGCCCUCCAUGUGGGCCCUGAGGGCCGCCUGCAGCAGGUCCCUGAGCUGAAGAACCGGAUUUUCUCGGGGGGUCUGAGCCCUGGCCUGCGGCGUGAGGCCUGGAAGUUCCUCCUGGGGUACCUCAGCUGGGAGGGCUCCGCCGAAGAGCACAAGGCCCACAUGCGCAAGAAAACGGACGAGUACUUCCGCAUGAAGCUGCAGUGGAAGUCCGUGAGCCCUGAGCAGGAGCGGAGGAACUCACUCCUGCAUGGGUACCGCAGCCUCAUCGAGAGAGAUGUGAGCCGCACUGACAGAACCAACAAAUUCUACGAGGGCCCCGAGAACCCGGGGCUUGGCCUCCUGAACGACAUCCUCCUCACGUACUGCAUGUACCACUUCGACCUUGGCUACGUCCAAGGCAUGAGUGACCUUCUCUCCCCGAUCCUCUACGUCAUUCAGAAUGAGGUGGAUGCCUUCUGGUGUUUCUGUGGCUUCAUGGAGCUUGUGCAAGGAAACUUUGAAGAGAGUCAGGAGACCAUGAAGCGGCAACUCGGGCAACUUCUGCUGCUCCUGAGGGUGCUGGAUCCCCCGCUCUGUGACUUCCUAGACUCCCAGGACUCUGGCUCUCUCUGCUUCUGCUUCCGGUGGCUGCUCAUCUGGUUCAAGAGGGAAUUCCCCUUCCCGGAUGUCCUUCGGCUGUGGGAGGUGCUGUGGACGGGGCUCCCUGGCCCCAAUCUGCACCUACUGGUGGCCUGUGCCAUCCUGGACAUGGAGCGGGACACCCUCAUGCUGUCUGGCUUCGGCUCCAAUGAGAUCCUCAAGCACGAGGCACAGAGUGGGCGCCCGGGGGCGUCCCUGUGUGGGCACAACCGUAACGCGAGGGCCUGCAGCGUCGCACAUCGUGGGGACCCUGCCUUCCAGCUGCUGAUGUGA